AUGGCUUCCCCUGCCUCAGCUUUACCGGGGGCUUCAAGGAGGAUUUUGUUCUCCGGCCGGUCCUCUCUGCGGACAGAGGUUCAGAUUGCCCCUUUCUUGUACCCUCUUCUACAACACCAGGUCCGCAGUGCCUCAAGUAAUCCUCAGGCCAGGGGAAAAAAAGACAAGGACAAAAACAAGCCCAAGAAGAAGGAAAAGGGCCCGAGGGAUUAUGAGCAGAAGGAUCUGAGUCUAAUUGACCGAUACUCCCUCUGCGAUGCUAUGAGAUACAUCCGUGCAUUCGAAGUCGGACAGGACCGUGAAACGUCGAAAUAUGAGAUUCACAUUCGGCUCAAGUCUAAGCGGGACGGUCCUGUUAUCCGAAACAUGCUACGAUUUCCACACGCUGUCCAGACCGAAUCGAGAAUAUGUGUUAUUGCUCCUCCGGGGUCGAAACAUGCCAAGGAUGCUUUGGCGGCAGGCGCUUCACUUGUUGGAGAACAAGAAAUUUUUGAUGCUGUCAAGAAAGGAAUCAUUGAAUUCGACCGAUGCAUCUGCCACACGGACAGUCUCAAUGCUAUGAAUAAAGCUGGGUUGGGACGAUUCCUCGGCCCCAGGGGCUUGAUGCCAAACGUCAAGAAUGGCACCGUGGUUGACGACGUCGGAAUUCGAGUGCAGAUGCUUCGUGGAGGCACUGUGUAUCGUGAGAGAGAUGCUGUGAUUCGGAUGCCCAUUGGCCAACUGGGUUUCUCGCCCGAGCAGCUCCGGGACAAUUUACGAACCACACUUGAGCAGAUCAAGAAAGAUGCCAACCAGAUGAGCGACCGUAUUACCAAGGAGGUUUAUGAAGUGGUGCUGAGCUCAACGAACGGCCCCGGCUUCAGUCUCAAUGGUGAUUUCAAAUCCGACAACUCUAUCGACGCAACCUACCUAACUGGAUUGUAA